AUGGCAGACAAUCCCAGGGAGGUUACCAUGCUUGGCAACAUGGACUACGACGUCGAAUCCCUCUACGACGACGAGUACCGCACAUUUGCAGUUCAUUCAGUCCGCCCACCGCCGCGCCGGAGAUGUGACGAUUCGUUGCCCUCCCUGUGCUUCCGAGGCGGCAUCUUCCUCAUCGUUGUCGGCAUCUUUCUCGUCGUUGUCGGCAUCUGUGGUUUGACCGGAGCGUUCGACGGAGGCGCGACCACCCCAACGACCGCAUGA